CAUUCACAACCAAAGAUAUAACAGGAGAGCCAGAAUACUCUUCUAAUCAUGGACAGCGAGGUCCUCGCACAGACACAGGACUGGAAGAACACGAAGGAGGCGGUGAGGAAAUUUCGACAACUGCUACUUUGCUCCAAAUGCGCAAAUUUGAUGACGGAACCUGUGUGUCUAGGAAUGUGCGAGCAUAUGCUGUGCAGGUCCUGUGCUGGCCCCCAGGCAGGAGAUGGCUGUGUGGUGUGUCAGAGUCCUGCGUGGGUGAAGGACAUUCACAUCAACAGGCAGCUCAGCAGCAUCAUACAGCUCUUCUGUGGUUUGGAGUUCCUGCUCCAUCCCAUAGAACAACCAGAUUCUUUUCUAGCCAAGAAUGAAACGCCACCUCAGAGCCCUGUCUUUAAAAAAAAGAAGAACUUCAAGAUCUGGUUCAGCCCACGCAGCCGCAAGGUACGGUGCAUGGUGGAGAAACCUUCAGAGGUCCUUGUGCCGGAGAGCACGUCUUCUCGAGGAACAGCUGCAUCACAGCAAGACACCUGUACUGCUCCAUGCCAGGACCUGUCAGUUUUCAAUUUCAUCUCUUCCUCCUCCGAUUCUGCCUCAUCUUGUUCUCAAAGAUGCAAAAAUGAAAACGGAAAGAAGGGGUCAACUAAGAAAAAAGUUGCCAUCAGGAAAGUGUCGGGGCAACGAGCCACUCGGACCAUACGAAAACAGACCAAGCAAAAGACGACGACGCGUAGACUGGAUGCUAUAAACCAGCAAUGGGGGAUUCCUAAGGAGGCUGAUGCUUUACAAAUAAAGGAGCAGCACUUGGCUGAAGGGUCAAGGAUGUCCAGUAAAAGAGUGUCCUUCCAUAGCCCUGCUGUCAUGUCUGACGAGCCUCAGCCUAAAGUACCGCAGGGUACCAAUGAACUCAGCCCUGGCAGAAGCACUCUGGGGAAGCGUCUCUUAGAAGGCAGCGUCACUGAACUGAACGAGCAAACCCAGCUUGAUCAGAGAAUGUUCGACAGUGUUGGCCAGCAUGACAAACUGUCUGAAACUGACAGUCCUGAAAAACAGAAUGCUAUGUCUCCCCCAAAGCAUUCAUCAAAAAGAUCCAGAGAGGAGGAGAAGGCUGUCACAUUGGACACCACACCAAAAAGGCCCAGGGCUUCCACGGGCAGGCGGAGAAAAGCCCAGACGUCUCCAGCUGUCCUUAACCCUCUUUCUUUGGCGAGCCCCAGGUGUGAUAAGAGCAUCAAACACUCCAGACAAGAGCCAGGAGACAGCCCUUCUGUGCGAGCCUCUGUUGGUAGACAAUCUCCUUGUACUCCGGUUGCAUCUGUUGGACGACCCACUUCAGGGAGCCCUGCGGUCACGAAGCGGAACCACAAGGGAGAGACCCUGCUGCAUCUGGCUGCUAUAAAGGGAGAUGUAGAGGCUGUCAAGGAACUGCUGGACCAGGGGGCUGAACCUAACCUGAAGGAUAAUGCUGGGUGGACACCUCUGCAUGAAGCGUGUAACCUUGGCCACCUGGUGAUUGUGGAGGUAUUGGUCUCCAGGGGAGCCCUGUUGAAUACACCUGGCUACGAGAACGACUCUCCGCUCCACGAUGCUGUGAGGAACGGACAUCCAGCCGUUGUCAAACUGCUGCUGCAGUGUGGAGCCUCGGGGAACACACUUAAUCAGUAUGGAAAGCGGCCGGCUGACUACGCAGUGGGACUGGAGAUGCUGGAGAUUUUCCAGGAAGCCUCAGAAGGAACCCAAUAUGCUAAUCCUCCUCUUAGCCCCUCAACCAGUCUCUCUAUGGUGAGCGACUGCGUGAGGAGGGAUGAAAUGGUGUUUCUGGCCAGCAAGCUGUCGGCGCCAAAACAGGUUCAAGUGGCCACACUGGGAGAGCUUCUGGGAGGGAGACUGGCUGACACCUUUUCUGGAUUAGUGAGCCACGUCGUGGUGCCAGAAGGACGCAUUCCCGCCACCAACUCCACACUGCUUGGUCUUCUUUCUGGCUGCUGGGUGGUCAAGUUCAGCUGGGUGGAGGCAUGUCUGCAUGAAGGCGGGUGGGUGCCAGAAACUGAGCAUGAAGCGGGAGAAGGCCCCCGGCGCAGUCGCAUCAACAGAUGUAGCUUGCUCCCACCGCUCUUCGAUGGCUGUUUCUUCUUCUUCCUCGGCUCCUUCAAGAUGCCUUCCAAAGACGAGCUCACCAAGCUGCUCCGGGAAGGAGGAGGUCAACUCCUGAGCCGGCAGCCCAAGCCCGACAGCGAUGUAACACAAACCCUGAGUGCCGCUGCCUACCAUGCACUGCCCGGCUCUGACCAGGCCCUCUGCACCCAGUACAUCAUCUUUGCCCCCGAGGCCCUUCACAAGCCGGCCGUAACCAGGAGAGGUAAGGUGUGGUCAGCCCCCUCCACCUGGCUCAUCGACUGCAUCACAGCCUUCCGGCUCCUCCCUGUCUCGGGCUAUAUUAAAUAAUAAUUCUGCACUGAAAAAUCACUUGUCCGUAAGCCUUCUCAUCAUGUUUUUUUUCAUUUUGAUGUGCCACGAAUCAAACAUUAAAACAAUUAUGUUGCUCUUAAAAUCUGACUUUAAAGUGCUAAUCUACACUGAUUGUUGUUUUAAUAGUGCAGAAAAUUGAAAGUCAUGGAAAAUUGUUUUACAAUAAACUAUAACAGAUUAAAUGUAGUUCAUUUAAGAUUGAUGGAACAAUCUAUACAUAUUUUACAAGAAUACUUGAAUGUUUGUCACCUGUGCUCCGUUGUUCUGUGUGUUGAGAAAUGUUUUAAAUGUUAUUUUUAUCUUCAUUAUACACAGAUGUUCCAGAGAGUAUGGUCCUAUGGCUUCACAGGCACGGGACAAUCUCAAACAUGUGAAGGAACCCUGUUUUACUGCAUAGUUUAAACCAUUGUUUGCACUGGGAGUUCUUGGUCUGUCCCGGGUUUUCCGCCCAGUUGGACAUGAGUUCAGGAGGGAUCCUUACCAGAUCCCCGGACCACCUUAAUGGACUCCUUUGAACACAAAAGGGAAGUUACUUAUCUCUCCGCUGCAUCCCGAGUCCUCAAUAUAUUUCUAAAGGUGAGCCCGGCCUCACUCCGAAGGAAACUCAUUCCAGCCGCUUUAUCUGAUUCUUCCAGUCAUUAACCAGAGCGGUUGGCCGGAGAUGAAAGUUGGAAAGGGAUACUGGUAAAUUGCUCCCUCUUCACCACGACACGGCCCUUCACCAUCCCACCUCUCGAAUGAAACGUGUAUGCAAUUCUAUCUGGGCGUAACGCACUCGUCAUGUGGUUGUGUGAUUUCUAGAGUGGCAUUGCAUUCCAUAAUCUGGAUUAGUUUACCAGGAAAAGAUGAUUACCUAAUUAGGAAUGCCUCUCCCCGAAAACAAAUCGAUGGCGAGGACAUGGGAUAGAAUAGGAAAAACAAAGCAAUUAAUUGUUUCCUCACCAGUACUGGCACUUUUGGUGUCCACCUUUUUGUACACAAGGAAUGAGAGUGAGUGUGUCGGUUCCCCAACCUCACCGCUGGCCUGAAGCUGUGUGCGCUUUGAGAGUCCUUCUGCUGGCCAUCUCUCAAUAUGCCAUUUUCAGAGGGAUUAGUCAGGGAUGCACCUAAUUGCUAUCGAUUGCUAUGCGCUGCAUAGAACUGCCUCUCUUCUCUUGCCCACGGCGGGUGGUUGGAGAAGACAAUUAGUAGUGCGGUGGAGAUAAAUGCCCAGAUGGACUUGUAAUGGAAUAAGGGAAUUUACCUGUGAGUCGUGCCCUUGAACUCACUGAGCACUACAAAGCCAUUACAGAUUGCUAUUACUAUUAUUAUUACUUAUUUUCUCUCAACCACCCCGCGGAACAUAUUUUAUUACAUUUCUUAUUGUGAAAUGUUCUGUUUAUAGAAAUAUUACCUGGAGUUUUGCUUUAUUCUGGGUCAGCUGUAAAGUUUCAUAAAGUUUGUUUAACUGUUAAAAUAAAAGAGGCUAAAUUCAA